AUGAUCCCCGCGCCCGCGCUCGCUCUCCCUGAUCAUGAUCACGACCUGCCGCGGCUGUCCGUCCCAGCGGUGGCGGACGUGGCCAGCCAGAGCGGCCGCACCGUUGCGUCGUCGGAGGCCAGCUGGAACAGCCGAUCCGGCCUGCUGUCUGCCGGGCACCUGGCCGCGGCCAGGCAGCAACAGCAGACGGGGAGCAUUGGCGCCGGCGCCGCGGCGGGAUAUGGCAGCGAUCAGGGUUACCGCGGCAGCAGGAGGACCGGUGGUGGUUCUGGCCCGCGCUGGACGCUGUUCGGCCGCGACUGCCCCUGCGCCGGCAGGAAGGCGGUCACCGUGGACGUCGCGUCCGAGCCGAGGAGCCCGGCGGAGACGGCGCACUUCCACGCCAAGUUCAGCCCGCAGUGUGCCGUAGAGGAGUGCCUGGAGAGCGCCAUCUUUAAGGUGAAACAACCGUCUCCGUCUCCUCCGAGAGCCGCGACCGAGGAGCCCACCAAUGUGAAGGUCACAGUAACACCGGGGAGCCGCGCGUUCCCUCUCACCGCCGACUUGCCGUUCACCGCUUUAAGCAAUCCCGACAUCGAUCGCCGCGUCCUGAGCUCCGGCGGGUUCACGUUCCCAGCGCUCGGUGCGGCCAGGGUCGUGAGCGGCGGCGGCGGCGGCAUCUUGGACGAGCCGCCGCGCGUGUCGCUGGAGGUGUUCCGCCCCAUCGACGAGGACUCGGUGAUGCUCGCGGACCCUCUGCCCGCCGCCGUGGCUCUGGCGGGCCGCGUCGGGGUGCUCCCGCGCGCCCCACCGGCGGUUGCGGCAUUGGUGGUGGACGAGGAGGCGAUGAGCGACGCGAGCUCGGACCUGUUCGACCUGGAGAGCUUCGCGGCAUCCUCCUCGUACCCGACCACCGUGGUGUGGAGCGUGGCCACGGCCGAGGGUGGCGCGUUCGACGCGGCCAGCGUGGCCAACUUCUCCAGCGCCGCGUCCGCGUGCUGCGUCGACGACCUCCGCUACGUCGUCCCGGAGUCCCCCGAGGCCGGGUUCACCGCCGCCAUGUCCCGCAGCGCCCGCCGGAAGAAGAGCGGCGGCGGCGGUGGCGGGUUCCUCAGCAGCUGCCGGUGCGACAAGGCGGUCAGCGUGGGGCCCACGCCGGUGCGGGUGGUCCGGCCGCCGGCUCACCCGGGCGCGGCAGCAGCCAAGAGGUCCGGUGACGGCGCGUCACGGUACCACCACCACGGCCGCGCUCACGUGCCGGUCCGGACGUGA